CGCGCCGUGCCCUGAGCUCUCGGGCAGGGAGAGCGCGCGGACAUGGGCGAGACCAUGUCCAAGAGACUCAAGUUGCACCUCGGAGGCGAGGCGGAGAUGGAGGAGCGGGCGUUCCCCAACCCCUUCCCCGACUAUGAGGCCGCCCUCUCCGCCGCGGGGCUGGCCGCUGGAGCUGCGGAGGAAACAGGCCGUGCUUGCCCUCUCCCCACCACUGAGGACCCGGGCCUCCCUUUCCACCCCAACGGGAAGAUUGUUCCUAACUUCACAAAGCGUAUCCAGACCAAAAUCAAAGAUCUUCUUCAGCAAAUGGAAGAAGGACUGAAGACAGCUGAUCCUCACGAUUGCUCUGCGUAUACUGGCUGGACAGGCAUAGCGCUUCUGUACCUACAGCUGUACCGGGUCACUGGUGACCAGACCUACCUGCUCCGAUCCCUGGACUACGUGAAGAGAACACUCCGAAACCUGAGUGGUCGCAGAGUCACUUUCCUGUGCGGAGAUGCUGGGCCCCUUGCUGUGGGCGCUGUGAUAUAUCAUAAACUCAAAAGUGAAUGUGAGUCCCAGGAAUGCAUCACAAAACUUCUGCAGAUGCAUAGAACUGUUGUCUCUCAAGAAUCAGAGCUUCCUGAUGAGCUGCUGUAUGGGCGGGCAGGUUACCUGUAUGCCUUACUCUACGUGAACACAGAGAUUGGCCCCGGCACAGUUGGUGAGACAGCUAUUAAAGAGGUAGUCGCCGCUAUUAUUGAGUCAGGAAAGACUUUGUCAAGGGAAGAAAGGAAAACUGAGCGCUGCCCCCUGUUAUAUCAGUGGCACAGGAAGCAAUAUGUUGGAGCAGCCCACGGCAUGGCUGGAAUCUACUAUAUGUUAAUGCAACCAGAAGCAAAAGUGGACCAAGAAACCUUAACAGAAAUGGUGAAACCUAGUAUUGAUUAUGUGCGCCACAAAAAAUUCCGAUCUGGAAACUAUCCAUCUUCAUUAAGCAAUGAAACAGACCGAUUGGUCCACUGGUGCCACGGUGCUCCAGGAGUCAUCCACAUGCUCUUACAGGCGUAUCAGGUUUUUAAGGAGGAAAAAUACUUGAAAGAGGCCAUGGAGUGCAGUGAUGUGAUUUGGCAGCGAGGUCUGCUCCGGAAAGGCUAUGGAAUCUGCCAUGGAACCUCUGGAAAUGGUUAUUCCUUUUUGACCCUUUACCACCUUACGCAAGAUAAGAAGUACCUCUAUCGAGCCUGUAAGUUUGCAGAGUGGUGUCUAGAUUAUGGAGCACAUGGGUGUCGCAUUCCUGACAGACCUUAUUCCCUCUUUGAAGGUAUGGCUGGUGCUGUUCACUUUCUCUCUGAUAUCUUGGUACCAGAGACAUCACGGUUUCCAGCAUUUGAACUUGGCUUUUUGCAGAAGGAUUAAAAAGGUGCAAAAAGACAACUAACAUACCCGUUGGACCAAAAGCCACCUGACUGAUUAGUGCCUGACACAGAACCUACUGUAAAUCCUAAUAAAGGAAGGGAAAAAAAAGGGCAAAAACCUCCACAAGACCCUUUUGUUGCAAAGACCCCCAAAUUAGAGCAUGAGUGAUAGAAACCACAUCAUCAGCAUUUUGUGACAGUGUUUCCCUUAAUGGUGAAAUAUGAAUUCUUCAUAUCUAGGCUCCCUGUAGUGUGCAUGUUUCUUGGUGCUUGUCUGUAGAUGUAAAUUGACUAAAUAGAAGAGCCACACUCGUCACAUGAACUCUUAGCUGAGCAUGUGUGAGUGUUUAAGGUGACAGCCACACAUUUUUGUAUAUAGUAUCUAAAGUAGGGUGUCAUCUCUAUCAACAAAGAAACAGUUGUGUGAUGUCUCUUAAACAUCAUCUAGAAAAUCUAGAUACCCUGUGAGAACACUGUGUUAGCAUUUUCCGUGGGCAGUCUUCAGAAGAGCAUGAGUUAAAGAUAGCUUCCUGGACCAGAAGGAAAGUGGGCAAGUCAGCAUGCAUUGCAGAGCUCGGGAAGGCACAGUUGACACCGCUUCCCUCUUUGUAUCUUGUGGUCAACACAGCUAGUGACUAAUAUUAGCAGUUCUCAGACAUUCACCCAGAUACAUAUUAUUGAAACAGGCUCCACCUGUUAGCAGUAUAGCUUAUUACCGUAUAAAACAGAGUAGAUACAAUGCCAGCCAGAUCCAUCCAUAUCCCUUCAAAAAUUUAUUUCACAUUUUGGUAAAGUCUGAAUUUAAAAAUAAUACAUUCCUUAUUUUUCAUACAAAUUGAGGUGAUAAAAUAAAUUCUAGGCUGAAUUUAUACACAUAAGGAACAAAAUAUUCUAACCAAGACAAUUAUUAACUAGGUGAUUUUUAAAAUUAUUUUUAAGGACAUUAAGCUAGAAUCACAUAUGGUUAGUAAUGCUGUCACAUAAUUUUCCAAGUUUGAUGGCUGUUCGUAAUACAAGUGGGCUAGGUUUCCUAAGUGUGUUUUGAUGUGGAGAUACUGUCAUAAGAGACAAAGCAGAAUGGUGUAAUCGUCUGGACCUCAGUACUUCCUUGACGUUAGCCCUAGUUUCUACUCCUCUUACAAAGCAGGAAGAAUGGGGAGCAUCUGAAAGAGAAGGCUUCUUCGUGCAUAGACCAUUUUUAGUGUUGAACCUUGCUUGUGGGGUACCCUAAACAUCUGUCCUUCAGUGUAGCUAAAGUUUUCCUGCCUGGCCCACAGUCAAGACAAAUCUCUCUCACCUGCCAGUCCCACAGCUGCUCAGACCUGACCAAGUAAACACAGAGACUUAUAUUGGUUAUAAACUGUAUGGCCGUGGCAGGUUUCUUGCUAACUGUUUUUACAGCUUAAAUUAACCCAUUUCUAUAAAUCUAUACCUUGCCACGUGGCUCGUGGCUUACCGGCAUCUUCACAUGCUGUUUGUCAUCAUGGCAGCUGGCAGUGUCUCUGACUCAGCCUUCCGCUUCCCAGCUUUAUUCUCCUCCUUAUCCCGCCCACACUUCCUCCUGUCUGACUACUGGCCAAUCAGUGUUUUAUUUACCAACCAAUCAGAGCAACACAUUUGCCAUACAGAACAUCCCACAGCACUUCAGUUUCUAAGUGAUGCCUCAUAAGUCUCUUCAUUACAGGUACUCUUGAUUCUGAGUCAUGACUAUUCUUUUUCACCUUGGGUUGAUUACUUCUCUGUGUAUAAAUCCCCAAGAUUAUCCUUUAACUCACUUCCUGAGCCUGAUAGUGGGCUUCUCAGGGCUGUCCAACACCUCAUUACCUGAAGGCAGGGCAAACCAUCCCAAACAGGCUAAAGGGAAGCCAUUCUGCAGAACAUUCUGUAGACCUCAUGUGUUGUCUGGUCUCAUCCGAACCGUACAUUUUUCAUCCUCUUGCCCAUUUUAUCAAAAAUAAUACACGGCAGAGCUAAUCUUUGAGAUCCUGAUUGUUUAUUUCUUGAAGGACGCUCCUGGGCCUGUGCAGGAAGCCCUUUUCUGACUCCAGGUGGCAGCUUGUAGGGCUCUGGCUUUGGCCAAGGCCCUCAAGGCAGCAGCAGCAGUGGUGACUGCCCCCUUGUGUUCACUCACACCUGUUUGACAAAUGCUAGUCUCUUUCUGACCAACAUGCUGAGGGAAAAACAAAAUUCCCACAGGAUGAAUGGGGAAGGUUUUGUUGACAGAUUUCCUUUCAGACCGGUGGAUUGCCACCUUCCUGUUCACCACUGUGUAUCAACAGAUGUGUAUCUCUGUGAGUCUGCAUUGACUUCCUUCCUCAGACCCACUACAUGUGCUGCUGUACUACAAAAUCUGCAGCCCCCAUCCCAUGAGGCAAAGGAGAAAAGGCACGUGAGCCAGGACUGAGGGUUCACAUAAGACCAUUUGAUAGUUAUAAAUGUUUGAAAUCAAAUUUAAGAACAUCUCACUUUUGUUUCUUAGGCCUAUUUUAUGUCAACAACUGUAUUCUUCUAAAUGUGUUGAAAAUUUAAAAAUAAUGUACACACAGAAUACCAUUUUAAAAUCUGGAGGGAAAAAGUUAAUGUCCACAAAGUGUUUGGGGUUCUUUGGUUUUGUUAAUAAAAGACAGUUUUGUGGUGAUGAUUUA